AUGACUGGUGGAGACGGUGACGAUGCCACUGCUGCUGUCGCGGUUGGCGAUGGCAUUGGCGCGGCAUACGAAGCCGUUAUGAUGGAUGCAUCCGAUGGUGACGAAAACGAGAUAGCAGCACCAGUGCCCCUGUCGGAGGAGGAUUACGUGCGCAUCGCCGAUCUUUUGGCUUCUAUCACCGACCGGCCCUAUCAGUACGAAUCUCAUGUGGAGUAUAUUUCCCUUUUGCGUCGCGGUUUCCUCGCUCACCGGGCCGACCCGAGGGAGGCGGGGCCAUACCCCCUCAUCCAGGACCUGCGGAAGGCUCGCGAGGACAUGAUAGAGAGGUUUCCUCUAAACGAGACUAUGUGGGCUGAGUGGAUUGCCGACGAAAUAUCCAUUUGUGGUGGUCUCGAGGAGCGUCUUGGUGUCAUGGAGCUUUGUGCCAAGGCUGUCGAGGAGGAGUCCGCCAGUGUUAAGCUGUGGAAGACUUAUGCUGAAUAUAUCGAGUCCCAGUAUUCUCUGGGGAGGGACGGAGAUGCUAUCGGCAAGGGUAAGGCUAAGAAGGUCCUUAGCGAGGAGGAGGAGGUUACUUUGAGGGAGUGUUUUACUUUGGAACUGGUUGUUGAGACUUAUCGGCUGGGCUCACUUGCUACCAAGGAUAAUGUUGCUGAGAGCCAUGUGCUCUGGAAUAGAUAUCGCGAUUUGAUGAUGAUGGAUUUGGAAGCCAACUCAACGCAAGUUCUCCUCUACCUUGUUCAUGGAUAAAGCUAACUGGUCGCCCAGCCCUCUAAAGGUUGAAUUUAUUCGAAGUCUUUAUGUCGCUCGUCUCCAAGUCCCACACACCACCAUCAGUGAUACCUUCUCUGGAUUUAGCUCCUUCACCACCAGAUAUGACAACGCGAAUUAUGAAUCUACAAUGGUUAGCACCAACAAGCUUUAUUCCGCAGCCCUGGCAAAGUACAAUGAGCGCUCCGUGUAUGAGGAUCGUCUCGCUAAGCGUGGGCAAGUCUCCUUGGCAGAGGAAUGGAAUGCUUGGGCGGAAUAUCUGGAAUGGGAAACCUCCCAGCCGAAGAAGAAACUCGACGUAGACAUGGCUUGCGCACUCUAUGAACGGUGUCUACUUUGCUUCGGUGAACAAGCCAGAGUUUGGGAAGAAUAUGUCUUUUUUGCUCUUGAGAAAUCAUUAGGCCUUCGUGUUAAGGCGCUUUUGAAACGUGCUACGAGACAUUGCCCAUGGUCUGGGACACUGUGGGCCCAGUACAUAAUUUCUUUGGAGAGGGCGUAUAGGCCAUUUGAAGAGGUUUCUGAUAUCAAACACCGGGCCACCACUACUGGGAUGUUGGAUUUGGGCGGUUUGGAGGAGGUUUUGAAAGUUAACAUUGCCUGGUGCGGGUUCUUGAAGAGAAGAGCUUUUGAACACGACGCCGGGGAGGAUGAUUUCGAUAUGGCAGAGAUGGGGAUAUCUGAGGCUGUUACUGGUAGGGGAUUUCGCGCUCUUUCCUCCGAUUAUUCAGAUAUCUGGCUGACACCGCACACAGAAACCGGCAAAAAGGAUCCUGAGUAUCGCCUUCAAAGGAUUCAUAUCAACUUCUGUACUCUUGCUAAGAAAAUUGACUCUGCAAGGGAAAUCUGGAAGGAGCUUGCUAAGACCCAGGGCAAUUCCUAUGAAUACUGGUUACGUUACUAUCACUGGGAACUUUCACAUGGACCAAAGGACAAAGAUUAUGCAGGCUCGGCUCUAAAGGCAGCUCUGAAGAGGAAUACCUUAGAUUGGCCUGAGAAGAUCCUGGAGAUAUGGAAAAACCAUGUUGAAGAUUUCGGAAACGUCGAGGAUGUCGAGUACGCGACUGUCCGUUAUCGGAAGCUUUCUAAAGAGAUUCUGGAGAGGCGAGCACAGGUGGGAGACUCUUGUGUCUUAUAAGUUUCGUGGUUGUCUCAGCACUGACAUCGAUUCUCCAGGAGGUACAAGCUGCUGCUCUGCAGCAGCAGACAAUGAAGGACCAGCAGCAGGAGGCAGAUACACCACAGACUGAUGAAUCAGCUAGGGCCAGUUCCAAGAGGCGUCGAAGUGUUGCUGAGGCUGAUGAUUCUCAGCCCAAAAAGAAAUCCAAAGCUGUUGAGACCUUGGCUACGGUGAAGCCAGCCGCCCACUCACCUCCUUCGGCGUCUUCCGUGGCGAAACGUGACCGCGAGAAUACCACCGUGAUCGUGAAAAACCUGCCACUGAAUUACCCGGAGGUGCGGGUCAGACAGUUUUUCAGAGAUGUAAAUUCCUCAUUCCGCUCCACCCUAGAAAGUUUUUUGGUCACUAACAUGUGACAUAAAGUGCGGUACGAUCAAUAGUUUAAAGCUUAUUGUGGAGAAGGAUGGAAAUACUUCAACUGCAACUGUUGAAUUCGAGAAUAGAGAAGAUGUUCUCACUGCUCAGACUAAAAACUUGAAGAUUGUUGAUGGGCACUCUAUCGAAGUUCAGGUUGGGACCGGGUCAACCCUCUACGUUACAAAUUUCCCGCCGACUGCCGAUGAGGCGUAUAUCAAAGAUUUGUUCAAAGAUGUAACCCCCCCCUCCAUAACCCAACCACAGAUUACUAGAUACUAGAAACUGAGAGGUAAAAUUCAGUGCGGCGAGAUAGUCGACAUCCGCUUUCCAAGUUUGAAGUACAAUACGCAUCGGCGGUUUUGCUAUGUCCAAUUUGCUUCGUCUGAUGAAGCUCAGAAGGCGACCUCUCUGCAUGGCAAACAACUUGGAGGCAAGGAAACGCUUGUGGUUAAGAUCUCAGCGCCUGAUCAGAAGCAUGAGCGGUCUGGCGCAGUGUAAGCAUCAUCGUCCCCCAUGUACCAGAACCGUAACUGAUUGUUCAUCAAGAUAUGAGGGCCGAGAGGUGUAUAUCCGAAAUAUAGAUUUCCAGGCGCACAAUAAUGACGUCCAGGAAUUGUUCCAGAAAUAUGGGACAAUAGAGAAGGUCCGCCUGCCGCCCGGGCCCAAGAAGGGCACUCACAAAGGUUAUGGGUUUGUGACUUUUUCUAAAAAGGUAAACUAAAAGUCCUCCAUUCUACAAUGCAUAAACUAACAGUUCGGUUACAGGAGGAAGCCCUCGCAGCAGUAGAAGGGGUGAACAAUACCCAGCUCAAAUCCCGAACACUCAUAAUCAGCAUCGCAGACCCAAAUCCUAGCAAGCAAAAGACCAAUGCCGGCCCCUCUACAGAAAAAGCAAAAGAUCCAACACCUGGUCGAAAUAUGGAUCACCCCCGCCAAAAAUCACUUGGUCCAGCAAACCCCGCUACCUCUCCCCAGCCCUCCGCUCCUGCUUUCUCUGAUAUCAAGAAAAAAACGCUCGGAAUAAUGAACCUCUCCGAUACCGUAAACGACACCAAGAUCCGCCAAAUGUUUGAAAAGUAUGGUCCGCUGCGCAAGGUCACCCUGAGACCCGACCACCAAGGCGCAAUCGUGGAAUACGAGUCCGUCGCCGACGCUGGAAAAGCUACCCUCGCACUCGACGGGUUCGAACUCGCCGGCCGCAAGAUCAAGAUCGGUGGGUUGGCGGACCUGAUGCGGCAGUCGCCGGAGAGAAAAGUGGCUAAAGGGUUUCCUAUAAACAACGGGGGUAUCAAGGGCGGGGCGGUUGCGUUCAAGCCCAACCAGGUGGGCGCGGGAGCGGGAGGAAUGAAGGGACAGAAGAGAAGAGCCGGCUUGGGCUUUCCAGGCGCGGUCAGAAAGAAGGAGGAUGUUGACGGGAAGAGCGAAGAUACAGUGAUGGUAGAUGGGCCGCAGGCCAAGGAGGCGCCGAAGACGAAGUCGAAUGCUGAUUUUAAGGCAAUGUUUUCGGGGAAGAAGUAGUGGGCGAGGACGGAUGUAUGGAUGGAUUGUAGAUUAGUCUUCUCGUUGAGGUGUUGGCGUGCGAUGUAGUGUGAUGAUAAAUCGGAAAGUGGAAGUGAGGGUGGAAUGUGGACAACUGAUAAAGG